AUGUUCAGAGGCACCUUCCGCCAGUUGCCCAAGGGGCCAGCCAAAGUUUUUGGCAACUGGAGACUGAUUCAUACUGUUCCCAAGUUGAGGAACGUUGAGCAAUUCACCAAAAAUGGUAUCGAAGGUCUCUACUCACCUGAGGGAUUCAAAACCGCAUGGCUCGAUUACCAGAAAUUUCUCACAUUAAACUUAACAUUGCAUACUAACGGCACCGAGAACGAGUUGCGUCCCCCUUAUCAGAUCCUCUUGCAAACAGCCAAGAAAACAACCGAACAACAUGUAUUUCACUUCGCAUCACAAGCUCACAAUAACCACUUUUUCUUCGAACAACUUUCAGAUAAAUCCAGCGUCAAGAAGACCAGGCCUUCCAGAUUCUUGCUUGAAAGGUUAGCCGAUAUAAAUCUUCCCACCAUAGAUGCAUUUCGCGAGCAAUUUUUGCUCGCAGCAGAUUCCUCUUUUGGCCAAGGCUGGGUAUUUCUUGUGGAGUUACCAGACAAAAGCUUGAAGAUCUUGAAAUGUAAUAACGAUGGAACGCCUUACUAUUAUGGUAAGAACCAGUCUCUUGAUCUCAAUGGUAGUGUGGAUGAAUUAACUCUCGACAAUUUGAAUAAAGUGAAGGAACUUGCGCAGAAUGGUGAAAAGGAUUUUACAUUACCAUUACUAGCAAUCAACGUUUGGGACGUAGCUUUCAUUCAAGAUUACGGUACCACAGGAAGAGCUGACUACUUGGCCAACGUGUGGGAAUGUAUCAAUUGGGAUAUUGUAAAUAAGAGAUUGUUCCAAGUCUAA